AAUGCAAUUCAAAAUUCAGAGACACUUUUGGGGUAUAAUGGGGUUACAAGACACUGUUUGAUACAAUUCUGUAUUUUCUUAUCAGAUCCAUUUAAGUCCAGCACAGGCAAUGUGUCAAACGAGUUUGACACCCAGAUUACUCCGUCAGGAUGGACGUUCUCUAUCUGGGGGGUGAUCUACGCUUGGUUGACGCUCAUGUUGGCCUACAUCCUCUCUGGUCUCUGCCGAAAAAAUGCCUAUGGGUGGGUGUACUGCAGUCCUUCGGUGUUGCCAUACGGCUUCUUUGCGUCCUGGAUCCUGAACAUGGGUCUAAAUAUUGGGUGGUUACUACUGUGGGACAGAACGUACAUGAUACCAGCUUUGAUUUUUUUGUUUCUGGUUGCCUGCUCAAACUAUUCUACGAUAUUCUUCACCUGUCACGGACUGCACAUCUAUGGUGCCUGGCUCAACAAGUACCACAAAGUAGACCUCUGGCUAAUCCGUGCAUUAGUUCAGAAUGCCUUGUCCACCUACACAACUUGGACAACCAUUGCUACCUUGAUCAACCUGACCAUUGUAAUGAACUAUGAUGGAAGUCUGUCUGCAACGGAUGCUGCAACUGUAUCUCUCUCUAUUCUGACUGUGGUGUUGGUUGUUUGGUUUGUUCUGGAGAACUUUGUUUUAGACAAACACAUGCGCUACAUCCUCACGAUCUACCCAGUUGUGAUUGUGGCCCUGGCUGGGAACUUGACAAAGAACUAUGAUCCAUCUUCUCCCAGUCGCAAUGCUGUCUUCGAGGCUGUGCUGAUGGGUUUGACCUGUUUCCUGUUCGUCGUAAGGAUUGGGUUGGUGGUGUGGAGGCACAUCAAGAACCCCCUGUACAAACACGUCAGCCCAGGUGAAGCGGUUUCUCCAAUGGAGAUUGCAGAAAAGACAAAGAAAAUACUUCUUUAGUGUUCGUUUGAAACAUGUUUUUUAAGAACACUCUUAACUUGUUAAACUGCAUGCUCUUAUGGUUCUUCCCUUUGGCACUUAUUUGGUUUCCACAAUGUAUGCUUCAUGUUUUGGCUGCUCGCAAUGUUUGGGGCUAUCUCGUUGUUAUGAUCAGUGACCUAUGCUCUUUUGUAAAGCUCUCUCUUGGAAGUCGCUUUGGAUAAAAGCAUCUGCUAAAUGCAUAAAUGUAAAUGUAAAAUGAUUGAAUGAUGCAUUUGUAAAUUGUAAUUUUGUAAAUAGUUU